AUGUCCAUCCAAUUUCACACCUUCUCUCUAACAUCCCCGUUUUAUUUCUCUCUCAUGUUCUCUCCAUUUUCUUUCUCUCUAACAUUCCCAUUAUAUUUCUUUUCUUUCCCUCUAAUAUUUUUGUUUCUCCCUUUCUCCCUAAUGUCCUCGUCUGAUUUAUCUCUCUCUCUCUCUCUCGCUCGCUCUGUAUCUCUCUCUUUCUUUCUUUCUAUCUAUCUCUCUCUCUCUCUCUCAAUCUUCUCCGGUAUCGCUAUCCACCUUCUCCACGAACAUCUUUCUCUCUCUUAUCUCAUUAUCUUUUUUUAUUUCCUUUUCCAGUAUCUCCUCUCCGUCUCUCCAAUAGCAUCUCGCCCUUCUCCGACUAUUUUCUUCCAUCGUUGUCUUUUCUAUUGCCCUUUCACUCUAUACCCUCAUCUUCUCUUUCCUCUCAACCCUCCUCAUAUUCUCUUUCCUCUCUACACCCUCAUCGUAUUCUCUUUCCUCACUACACUCUCCUCAUAUUCCCUUUACUCUCUACACCCUCCUCAUAUUCUCUUUCCUCUCUACACUCUCCUCAUAUUCUCUUUCCUCUCUACACCCUCCUCAUAUUCUCUUUCCUCUCUACACUCUCCUCAUAUUCUCUUUCCUCUCUACACUCUCCUCAUAUUCUCUUUCCUCUCUACACCCUCCUCAUAUUCUCUUUCCUCUCUACACUCUCCUCAUAUUCUCUUUCCUCUCUACACUCUCCUCAUAUUCUCUUUCCUCUCUAUAUUCUCCUCAUAUUCUCUUUCCUCUCUACACUCUCCUCAUAUUCUCUUUCCUCUCUACACCCUCCUCAUAUUCUCUUUCCUCUCUACACUCUCCUCAUAUUCUCUUUCCUCUCUACACCCCUCCUCAUAUUCUCUUUCCUCUCUACCUCUCCCUCAUAUUCUCUUUCCUCUCUACACUCUCCUCUUAUUCUCUUUCCUCUCUCCCCUCUCUCUUAUUCUCUUUCCUCUCUACACCCCUCUCCAUAUUCUCUUUCCUCUCUACCUCUCCUCAUAUUCUCUUUUCUCUCUGUUCUCCUCAUUUUUCUUUCCUCUCUACAACACCUCCCAUAUUCUCUUUCCUCUCUUCUCCCCAUUCUUUCCAUCCAAUCUUCACAUUCUCUUUCCCUCUAACUCUCCACCUCCUUUCUCUUUCCUCCUCAUGUCUCUUCCAUUCUUUUCCUUUCUAACCCUUCCAUAUUAUAUUUCUCUUUCCUCUCCUCAUUAUUCUCUUUUCCUCCAAUUUUCAUAUUCUCUUUCUCCUCUACCUCUCCCUUGUUCUCUUUCCUCUCUACACCCCUCCACAUAUUCCAUUUUCGUACACUCUAACAUUCUCUCCUCCUCUACACCCUCCUCCUUAUUCUCUUUCCUCUGUCCAUCCCCUCACAUUCCUUUCCUCUAA